AUGAUGCGUCUAGAGCUGCUCUGGGUUGUAGCUGCUGUGAUCUUUGCCAUGUCUGAGCUGGGGUUUCCUCUGGAGAACUCUUCAUUCCCUACUGACACUGCUCAGCCUGAAAACAUCACUCAAUGGCACCAGACCCUGGAACUUCCCCAAGUCACCUACCCUAGCAGGUUGGUUGGGCAGACCUUGGGAUCCGAGACCCCCAGAUAUCAACUGGACACCCGAGUCCGAAAUGAGACCAGUCCUAAUUUGUCAGCGCAUCUCGCCAGCGUCAGCUUCCUGGUUCCAGCAUUUAGGAAAGAGCUUGUUCUGGACUUGGAGCUAAAUCACCAUCUUUUAUCAUCUGGCUACGUUGAAAUAUAUUACAACAAUCAAAACAAUAGUCGGGUGCGGAGUCCUGGUUUAGCGGGAGAUCACUGUUAUUACAGCGGCCAUGUGCGUGGGGUAGAGGUGUCAUGGGUUGCCAUCUCCACCUGCUACGGGCUCAGUGGGGCAUUUUCAGACGGGAUGUUCACCUAUACCAUAUACCCCCAGGAACACAGCACUGAGAAGUCUCUGCCAUGGCCUCAUGUAGUUCAACGGACCAGGAUGUGCACAGAACCAGACUGUGAGCACCCCACUGACAUUCCAAGAAGCUCAAAAAUUCGCAGGAAAAGACAGGUUCGCCGGAUAGUACACACUGCUUUGUCUGAAACCAAAUACAUUGAGCUCAUGGUGGUCAAUGAUCGACGUUUGCUUGAUCAGCGGCAGUCUCUGGGUCUUACAAGUAGUUUUGCCAAAUCAGUGGUGAAUUUAGCAGACACUAUUUACAGGGAGCAGUUAAAUACCAGGAUCGUGCUGGUCGCCAUGGAAACCUGGACGGCAGGAGACAGGAUUGCAGUGAGUGAAGACCCUCUGCAAGUGCUGGCUGAUUUCAUGAAGUACCGAAGCACAGAGAUACCUGAACAUAGCGAUGCCACUCACCUCUUCUCAGGACGCACAUUUAAAAGCAGUCAUAGUGGGGCAGCCUAUUUCGGUGGAAUCUGCUCUCCGACCAAAGCUGGAGGAUUGAUAGAGUAUGGAAGCAUUGCUGCCAUGGCAGUGACACUGGCACAGACUCUGGGACAAAACCUGGGCAUGAUGUACAAUAAACCCCGAAUGGCUGCCGGUGAGUGCAGCUGUCCGGAUCAGUGGCUGGGCUGUAUUAUGGAGGACACUGGGUACUACCUCCCCAAGAAGUUUUCCCGCUGCAGUACUGAUGAAUACCGCCAGUUUCUGCAAAAUGGAGGAGGGAGGUGCCUAUUUAAUAAACCCCUUAAGCUGCUGGACCCUCCAUCCUGUGGGAACGGAUUUGUAGAAGUGGGGGAGGAAUGUGACUGCGGUUCUCCUGCUGAAUGUAACAGGACUGGAGCUGGAAACUGCUGCAAGAAGUGUACCCUCAGCCAUGACGCCAUGUGUAGCGAUGGUCUGUGUUGUCGCCGAUGUCGGUAUGAGCCUCGAGGAACCGUCUGCCGUGGGGCUGUUAAUGAAUGCGAUGUGCAAGAAACAUGUCCAGGAGACUCCAGUGUGUGCCCACCCAAUCUCCACAAACAGGACGGAUACUUCUGUGACAGCGAGCAGGGUCGAUGUUACGGAGGCCGAUGUAAAACCAGAGAUCGUCAGUGCAAUACAGUGUGGGGACGCAGUGCGUCUGACCGGCUUUGUUAUGAAAAGUUAAACAUUGAAGGGACGGAGAAGGGUAACUGUGGGAGAGACGGAGAUAAAUGGAUUCAAUGCAGCAAACAAGAUGUGCUGUGCGGCUACCUCUUAUGCUCCAACAUCUCCGGAAGCCCAAAGAUCGGAGAGCUGUACGGUGACAUCACCAGUAUGAGCUUCUACUACCAUAGUCGGUAUCUGGACUGCAGAGGAGGUCAGGUCAUGCUGCCAGAUGGCUCAGGUUUGGGUUAUGUAGAGGAUGGGACACCAUGCGGACCCAACAUGAUGUGCCUAGAUCGGAAGUGCCUACCGGCAACCGUAUUCAACUUCAGCACAUGUCCGAGCAGUGGGAGCGGAGAGGUGUGCUCUAGCCAUGGGGUUUGUAGUAAUGAGGGGAAAUGCAUCUGUGACUUAGACUGGACUGGGAAGGACUGCAGUGUAUUUGAUCCUCUUCCUGUUCCUAAAGUCACCGGGAUGUCGGAGAAAUAUAAGGGUCCGAGUGGCACAAACAUCAUCAUUGGGUCCAUUGCAGGAGCUGUGCUCAUUGCUGCCAUUGUACUGGGGGGGACGGGCUGGGGAUUCAAGAAUAUUCGAAGGGGAAGGUAA